AUGGUAGAGGUGCAACAUCAGCCAUUCAUGAGUAUAAAUAAAAAAUUGAGUGAAGUUCAUGAAAAAUUUAUUCUCGACUGUUCCAAGGCUAACAUUGGGCCUACGCUGACUUUCAAAUUCUUGAAAGAGGUAUUGGGAUGCUAUGAAAUGAUGGGGUGCACCGUUGGUGAUAUACGUAAUGCAUCUCGAGACAUCAAAGCAUAUGCACAUGGGUGCGAUAUUCAAAUGGUGAUGGACAACAUACGUAGGAAGAAAGAACUGUCUGAUGCAUUUACUUAUCACUACGAAGUGAACAGUGAGAACCAGUUGCAAGCCCUUUUUUGGUAUUGUAUGAUAUUUACCCCAUUCACUGGGAAGGGUAAUCAUGGGAAACCUGUUAGUACUUUCGCUGUUGGGCUGGUUUUGAACAAGAAAACAGGUGUCGCACCCAAAAUGAUCGUAACUGACCAAGAUGGAGCUAUGCGGUCUGCUAUUGAGGAAAUUCUCGUUGGCACAAAACAUCGUUGGUGUAUGUGGCAUAUAAUGUACAAGCUAGCUGUCAAGGCACCGAAAAAGCUCCUCACAGAUGACCAUUUCGAGAAGGAGUUUAACGCUUGCGUGUGGUCUGACUUACAUGAACCGGCGGAGUUUGAAGAAAUAUGGAAUGGAAUCAUUGAAGAAUAUGGUCUUCAAGAUGUGGAGUGGUUCAACACCAUGUAUUGCCACCAGAAUUUUUACAAGAACUUUUUGAAGCCUCGGUUAAAUCUUGCAGAAUUCUACUUGAGUUUUAAUAAUGCAUUGGAAUCUCAACGGCAUUCUUCUGCAAAGUUGGACUAUGCGGAUUCUACUAUUGUCCCAAUCUUGGCUACUGACCAACCAUUUGAAAAACAUGCAUCCACAUUAUUUACCGACAGCAUGUUCAGAAAAAUGAAAGUAGAAAUUGUGGAGGGUUGUAACAGAUGUCGCAUUGUUGGUUUGACGUCCGAAGGCAUGAUUGAUUUUUACAAAGUCGGUGACAGCUACCGCAACACAUUUGUUAUAAUGCACGACAAGAAUCAUGACUCAUAUGCCUGCGAAUGCAAGUUGUUUGGCAGUUGCAUUGGUCGUUACCAGGCCAAUGUUGAUACAUUGCGGGCGUUUGUUAGUGGUGUGAGCGAGCUUGCUGUUAGUCUAGAUUCAGAGACCCCUCCUAUAUCUGCACCAGAAAAGAGGAGGAUAAUAGAAGAAUUCUAUGGAAUGGUGAGACCCCAAGUGAUUGAAGUUCACGCUCCAGAUGUUGUCCAGACAAAAGGAUCAUGUAGUACGAAAGGUAAGCGUAUCAUUUCGAAGAGAGAGAAGGCUAUAAAGGAGUUCAACCGCCCUGUUAGAAGAUGUGGUAAAUGCCAAGAGUUAGGUCAUCAUGAUUCCCGGAAUUGCGACCGUGUGAAGGAGAAUAAGUUGGAGAAGGAAAAAAAGAAGACAAAGGACAAGGGCAAGGAGAAAUGUUGA